UUUUUUUUUUUUUUUUUCGGGGUAACGUUGAGAGAAGUUAAAGGCAAGAGGUAGUUGCUAUUAAAAUACAACUCGAUUCUAAAUGUAGAGCUUUUUUUUUUUUUUUUUUCUUCUCCCCCACCCUUAUUGUGCAGCUUUCCCAACAGCAGCAGGUGCCCCUUCGGUGCCCUGCGGCCGCUCACGCAGUGGUGGCUGCUGCCCGUCUCCCCGCUGCGCGGCGCUGAAGGGGUUAAAGGCCACCUGCCGCGCGGAGCCGCCGGCGCCGCUGUUUUGGCCUCCGCCGGGCACCGUCGUCGCUGCGGCGGUGGGAGGGUCUGGGUUAGUAUGGCUGCUGCCGGCAGGGAAGGGGAUCCGAGGGCGGAGGGGAUGGCGGCCGUCAACGAAGAGGAGGACGGGGAGGAGAACAUUUUGUACGAUCUGCUGGUUAAUGCCGAGUGGCCUCCGGAAACCGAGUUGCAGCCGAGAGGCAACAGAAAACAUGGUGCAUCAUUUAUCAUCACUAGAGCAAUUACAGGUCCUGCAUUGCUUUUGCUUCGAUAUAUCUGGUACAGCCCUGCUAAGUUUUCUUUACCAUCUGGACUGGUUCGUCUAGUUAAUAAGCAGAUCAACUGGCACUUAGUACUUUCAAGCAAUGGUAAACUGUUGGCAGUUGUGCAAGAUCAGCGUGUAGAAAUCAGGUCUGCAAAAGAUGAUUUUGGAUCCACAGUUGGAAUAUGCCAAGUGCCAAAAGAUCCUAACCCUCAGUGGAGGCGAGUUGCAUGGAGUCACGACUGUACAUUACUUGCUUAUGCUGAAAGCACUGGAACAGUGAGAGUGUUUGACCUAAUGGGUAGUGAGCUUUUGGUCAUUUCACCGACAGCAAGUUUUCCAGGAGAUCUGAGUUAUGCUAUUGCUGGACUGAUCUUUCUAGAAUACAAAGCAAGUGCUCAAUGGUCAGCUGAACUACUUGUCAUUAAUUAUCGUGGAGAAUUGAGAAGUUACCUUGUAAGUGUUGGAACAAAUCAGAGCUUCCAAGAAAGUCAUAGUUUCAGCUUUAGUAGCCAUUAUACCCAUGGAAUAAAUACUGUCAUUUACCAUCCCGGUCACAGACUUUUGCUUGUAGGAGGCUGUGAAACAGAUGAAGAUGGAGUAUCUAAAGCAACUGCUUGUGGGAUAUCUGCUUGGAGAGUUCUAUCAGGAUCUCCCCAUUAUAAACAGGUUACUAGUUAUGAAGAUGAUAUUAAAACAGCGCAGAGAAGAGGAUUAUUAAGGAUUAUGAAUUUAAGAUUUUACAGCAGACGGGGAACAGAACAGGAUGGAAUUUUCAAGAUGAAUCUUUCCCCUGAUGGAGCUCUUCUGGCAGCUAUUCAUUUCUCAGGGAAACUAACAAUCUGGUCUAUUCCAUCUCUCAGACAACAAGGAGAAUGGGACCAAACUGACCAGCCGGGUUUUGAUGAAGUCAACCCAGACUGGAAACUGUCUAGUGAAAAAAGAAAGAAAAUAAAAGAUAAAGAAUCCUAUUACCCAUUGAUAGAUGUAAAUUGGUGGGCAGAUAAUUCUGUGAUCCUGGCUCGUUGCUCUGGUGCAUUGACUGUGUCAUCAGUCAAGACAUUAAAAAACUUGCUGGGGAGGUCAUGUGAGUGGUUUGAGAGUUCUCCUCAGGUCACUUCAGCUCAUGAUGGAGGAUUUCUAAGUCUGGAGUGUGAAAUAAAACUAGUUCCAAAAAGAUUACGCUUGGAAAGCAGACCUGGUGAUGAAGAUGAGGGGGAAGAUGACUCUGACUCAGAUGAUGAAAAUUCUGCUAAGGAUAGAUACUUCAGCUACCUGAAGCAAGGCCUAUACUUUGUGACAGAAAUGGAACGAUUUGCUCCUCCACGGAAACGUCCGCGUACUAUUACAAAGAAUUUCCGCCUCGUUAGUUUGAGGUCCACAACUCCAGAGGAACUUUACCAGAGAAAAAUUGAUAAUGAAGAAUAUGAGGAAGCUCUGUCUUUGGCUCAAGCAUAUGGCCUUGAUUCUGAUCUUGUGUAUCAGAGGCAAUGGAGGAAGUCAGCUGUUAAUGUUGCUUCAAUUCAAGACUAUUUGAGCAAAAUUAAGAAGCGUGCGUGGGUUCUUCAUGAGUGUUUGGAAAGAGUUCCAGAGAAUGUGGAUGCUGCUAAGAAGUUGCUUCAGUAUGGCUUGAAAGGCACAGACCUGGAGGCUCUUGUGGCCAUAGGAAAAGGAGAAGAUGGUGGCAGAUUUAUCUUACCAGGGGAAGCAGACGUUGGUAUUCCAUAUGAAAACUUCUUGUCACCAGAUGAAGAAACAGAUGCUAAAAAUGAAAAAGAGGCCAGGAAGCAUCAAGAACUGCUAUUAUCUUUAAACUUCUCAAAGCUAACACUGGAACAAAAAGAACUGUGCAGGAGCAGACUGAAGUUGUUAACUUACCUUGAUCGCCUUGAAACUUAUGAGGAAAUUCUUGGUGGUCCUCAUUCAGCUGAACAGCACUAUGAUGGUGAAUUCUUCAAGAAGUUCAGAAAUCAAAAUAUUGUGCUUUCAGCAAGAACUUAUGCUCGGGAAAGCAAUGUUAGAGCCCUGGAAAUCUUGUUUACGUUCCAUGGAUCAGCUUUACUUCCACACAGACAGGCAAUUCUCUCCAAUUUUCCAGAGACUACUUCACCACAUGAAUAUGCUUUCUUGCUGCCUGAGGCUUGUUAUGAGCAAGGAACACUGAGAAUUAUUCCUUGGAAUGAGCAAAAACAUCGUGAAGAAGACUGGUGUGAAAAAGCAGACUGCAGGACAAUUGUCGAACCAACUUUACAAGAUGAAAGCGAAUUUCUGUAUGAAUCACAGCCUGAAUUACUGAAAUACAGAACUACUGAGCUUUCAGUAGAGCUUGUAACAGACUGGUAUUUGAGCAGAGCACAGGAAAUUGAAAAAUACGCCAUGCAGGUGGAUUGUGCUCUGUCCCUUGUUCGUCUUGGCAUGGAAAGGAAUAUCCCUGGUCUGCAGGUGCUCUGUGACAAUCUGAUCACUCUUGAGACAGUAGUGUAUGAGACUGAUGGUGAUAGAACCUUAACUUUGAAGGAACUAGUAGAGAUGAAAGACAUUGAAAAGCUAAGACUGCUGAUGAAGAAUUCCUCUGAUGAAAAAUAUGUGAAGAAUGUUUAUCAGUGGAUGAUCCCUUUUCUUCACCGCUGUGAAAAUCAGUCUCCUGGUCUGGCAAAUUCACUCUUUAAAGAAUAUUUAGUGACAUUAGCAAAGGAAGACCUGACUCUACCUCUGAAGAUUUUCCAGAAUUCAAAGCCUGCUUGUCAGCAAAAAAUUAUUCCUGAACAAGACCAGCUUAUGAUUACAGCACUGGAAUGCAUUUAUAGCUGUGAACGAGAUGACCAGCUUGCUCUCUGUUAUGAUAUUUUGGAAUGCCUUCCACAAAGAGGUUAUGGGCCUGAAACAGAUAAAACUAGCAGUCUUCAUGAUGCAGUAGAUGAACUGGAGCGAAUUCUGAGUGUAUCAGAGCUGCUGGAGAAACAUGGGCUUCAGAAACCUGUUUCAUUUGUGAAAGACACAAAGGACAAUGCUGAGGAGGCACGGAAGCUGAUGAUCAGACUGACAAGGCACACAGGUCGCAAGCAACCAUCUGUCAAUGAGAUGCAGUGGAAAGAAUUGCUCCAGGAUAUGUUAGACAUGCAGCAGAAAGUAUAUACAUGCUUACAAUCAGAUGCUUGCUAUGAGAUUUUCACAGAAAGUCUUUUGUGCUCAAGCAGUAUAGACAACAUCCACUUAGCUGGACAAAUGAUGCAUUGCAGUAUUUGGUCAGUGGAUCAACCAGUUUCAUCUAAAGGGAAGCCACAAUACAGAGUCAGCUACAAAAGAAGUAUAGAACUAGUUCUGGCUGCUAGCAGAGAAUACUUCAAUUCAUCAACCAGUCUGACUGAUACCUGUAUGGAUUUGGCCAGAUGCUGCCUGCAGCUUAUUGUUGACUGUCCAAGUGCUAUUCAGGAGGAGCUAGAUCUCAUUCGUGCUCUUGGCUACCUUGAAGAAUUUGGUGUGAAAAUAUUACCAUUACAAGUCCGUUUGUGUUCAGAUCGGCUCGGUCUCAUCAAGGACUGUCUUUCUCAGUUACCAACAAACUAUAAGCAGUCUGCUAAGCUCCUGGGACUUGCAAAUUUGCUGAGAGUUGCAGGAGAUGACCAGGUGGAGAGAAAGGGUCAAGUUUUAAUCCUUUUAGUGGAACAAGCUCUCAGUUUUCAGGACUACAAAGCAGCUAGUAUGCAUUGCCAAGAACUCAUGACUGCAGGCUAUGCUAAAAGUUGGGAAGUAUGCAGUCAGCUUGGGCAAUCAGAAGGCUACCAUGACUUGGGCAUGCGUCAGGAACUCAUGGCUUUUGCUUUGACACACUGUCCCCCAAGUGCUAUAGAGGCAUUGUUGGGAGUGAGCAGUUCAUUGCAAACCCAGAUUCUCUAUCAGGCUGUGAAUUACCAGUUGCUUCCUUCAGAAGGAGGUGAGAAUGUGAAUACCUCAGGACCUUCUUCACUGAUGAGUAAGGAUACAGAGGAUGAUACCAACAUCUCCGCUAGCCAGUCUGCUGAUUUGUUGUACUGGACAACAACAAAAACCAUGAAGGUGUUGUCUAACACAACUAUGACUACAAAAGCUAUGCUGCAUGCUGUGAGUGAUGGUCAGUGGUGGAAGAGAUCACUAACUUACCUUCGACCAUUACAUGGGCAAGAACUUGGAGAUGUGUUAAAAAGUGGGCUGGGAGAAAAUAUCACUGUGGAAAAGCAAGGCUGUCAUCCAUUUUAUGAGUCUCUAAUAGCUGACCCAUAUGUUGCAGAAUCUGAAAUCAGCUAUGGCACAUACCAGAACAAUUCUUUGGAAAGUUUUGCAGAAGUGUUGUUGAGAACAGAGAAACUCGCAGAAACGAAGAGUGAAGCAAAAGACCUGCUUCCAACUACAGAAGUUCUGUUACAACUGGCAAGUGAUGCUUUACCAAAUGAUAUGGCCCUGGCUCUUGCCUAUCUACUUGCACUGCCACAGGUGGUGGAUGCCAACAAAUGCUUUGAAAAGCAAUUGCAUUCUGCAAUAUCCCUCCAGCUGGCAAGUUAUUACUAUAGCCUGCAGAUCUAUGCUCGUUUGGCACCGUGCUUCAAGGACAAGUGCCACCCUCUCUACAGGGCGGAUCCAAAAGAACUGAUUAAGAUGGUAACGCAGCAUGUUACUCAGUAUGCCUAUACAGACUGGCCUGAAGAAAUUGCAACUUUGAUAAAUCAGUUGCACUACUACAAUGAACGACUACUGGAUUUCACACAGGCUCAGAUUCUGCAAGGACUUGGCAAAGGAGUAGAUGUGCAGAGGUUUACAGCAGAUGGACAGUACAAGAGGGAAACGAUACUAGGAUUGGCAGAAACACUUGAAGAAAAUGUGUACAAGAUUGCUGUUUCUCUGGCUCAGCGAUACAGUGUUCCACUCUGGGAAGUUUAUAUGAUACAUCUGGAGUUUUUAUUCACGGACAGUGGGUUGUCCACACUGGAAAUAGAAGAAAGAGCACAAAGUCUUGGUCUUUUUGAGACUUUGAAAUCAAGUCCCGAAACCUUAUACGAACACAUGGUGAAAUAUGUUUACCCAAGUAUUGAAGGUAGAGAUCACCAGCGGUUGCUUUAUUAUUUCACACUCCUGGAAAAUUGUGGUUGUUCAGAAGUUGUGAAGCACACUGUGAAGCCUGAAACUCACAUCAGACUCCUGAAAAAGUUCAAAGCAGUUGCACCAGGUCUUAAUUACAAAAAACUAAUGGAUGAAAAUGAAAACCCUUUGGAAACGUUGGAGCCCAUACUUACAAGUCAAAAUAUUUUAUCUAUUUCCAAACUGGCUCCCAAAAUCCCUAAAAAAGAUGGCAGUAUGCUGUCACCAAGCUCUCUUUAUGCUGUCUGGUUACAAAAUCUUUUUUGGAAUGGUGAUCACCAUCUCAUUAAAAAAACACCAGAAACCAUGGAUGAAUUGCUACAUGCAUAUGAUGUGUGUUCAAAGUACUUUGAUAGACUUGAUCCAGAUGAUAUCAUCACUUUCAUUGAUGAAAUUACCUUUUCUUCAAAAGCUGUCACAAAGCUGCCUGUUGAAGCCAGGAUAGAAGUGACUAAGAAGGCUGUUAAGGCAGUCAAACAUCUUUCUGAGAAAUCAAGAAAAAAGCAUUCUGAGAAUGAGAUGGAGGAUGCUAAAAAUCCAGCUGUUGCAUAUGAAAAAACUCUGAAUCACUUGCAGCAAUCCCUUGCUCAUCUGGAAACACUCACUCAUAGUUUUAUCACUUAUUUGAAAAACAGCGAACAGGAUGUACUACAGAAGUAUGGUUAUUUAUAUGAUCUGUCAAGGUCAGAGAGAGACCAAAUCCAUGAGCAAGCAGUAACCAUGUGUAUAGAUGGUCAACCCCUGGACAUGAUACAACAGUUGAUAGAAGUGGCUGUUGGAGAUCUUUGUCUUUCUACCAAAGAUAUUGUUCAAUGUGCUAUUAAAAAAAUUAUAUGUAUGCUAAGCAGUGGAAAUGAUGGUUCUGCGUCAGUCAAAGAUCCACUUGGAAUCCUAGAAGGCAUUGUUUCUGCAGUACAUGCCAGUGUUGAAAAAGGGGAGAAAGUAGUUUCUUCAGAUGAUCUCCUGGAGUGGCUGAGACCUUUCUGUGGUGAUGACUCUUUACCAGUGAAGCCUCGCAUCAAAGUACUGCAAAUUUUGGAACAAGCCUUCCACCUCAGUGAUGAAGACAGCAAGCUGCUUGUGUACUUCAGGACUCAAGCUGUUCUUAGAGCUUACUGGCCUGAAACAAAGGUAGAGAUAACAGAUAUUGAAAGUGAAGAAAAAAGGUGUGAACUGUUCCUGAGACUUCUAGAAUCUAGUCACAAACCAUCUGAGUUUCAGCACUUGGUUUUACUCCUUCAAGCUUGGCCACCUAUGGAAAUGAGCAGCAGAUCAUGUGCAGAUGAUAAUCCGUGGGUGAAACUGGUUGUUGUUAUGCUGCAGAGAUAUCCACCUGAGGAAAGGGACAGCAUGGGAAAUGAAAUUUUGAAAAUCUGCCGUUCUUUGUAUGACACUAAGUACAAGCUUCCUGUUGAGUGUAUAAAAGAACUGUGCUUGUUGCUGCUUGACCAUUCCCUCUUGCUGCCAUCCCUGAAACUACUGGUGGAAAGCAUGGAUCAAGAUCUUCAUGCUAUGGCACUGAAGCAGAUAACAGCUGUCAGUAAGGUGGAUGAUUCCAAUUGUGAUGCUGAAAUACUUUCCUUGCUCCUCAAUGCCAAAUUAGUGGUAAAGUGCAUAUCAACUGCCUUCUAUCCUCGCCUUAUUGACCACUUGCUGGCUAACCAGGCAGAAGGAAGUUGGGAUGUAGAAGAAAUAGCAAAACAACUUAAAGAAGCAGGGUUCAACGCAGAGGCAGGAUCUCUCUUGCUGUCUUAUCGAGGAACUCAUCCUUCACUCAGGACUUUUACUUCUGCCCUCCAGACUAUUCAGCAUUGGAUUUAAUAAUGUUGGUUUUAUUGAUUUGUCUGGCUUUACUCUGGAGGCCUUCUACAAAAGGGAGAAAUUGUUGUUCUAGUAACAAAAUAACAAAGUUAGCUAUCAUUACCUAUGUUUUGAAGAAAAUGCAAAUAGCACACUUACAGUGCAGUUCCAUAUACCUCUAAUGGUUUAAAAAAAUUAUUGGUGUAGACAGUAUAAUUGUGUAAUACGACUAGCACAACAAUGAACUUGAUAAAGUUUUCUUACCAGAGAAGAAUGUUAAAUGAUUACACUCUGAUGUAUAAAUGAAAGUUAGUAAUCUGAUGGGCUAUAUACAAUUUGUCUUAAUCUCUGUAUGUAAUUUACUCUUGUCAUAAUGUAAAACUAAUGUAAAAAUAUAAAGAUAUAUGGAGCAAAAUAUCACAAUGAAAAGUAAUUCCUGAGAAUUUCAAAACCUUAAAGUUUGGUAUUGUGCAAUGUUGUUUGCAGUAAGUAAAAUGUUUUACAUUUAUUGUAGUAUCUCUUUUUUUCUUCUUUUCUCUCUUCUGCCUCUUUUUCUGGAAUUCCCAUUUCUCCUUAGUGAUGCUUAUUUGUAAGGACAAGCUGGACUUUCCUAUGAUUGCAUACUGCUUUAAUCUUAGAAGCAUUUUUCUCUGCAGUUUGGGAAGCCCCAUCUCAAAUCCAUGACGUUUAUUCGUACUUUUUGUGUGAAAGCACUUUCAAAGUAUUUUACUUGAUUUCUGAAAAAUUGCAAAGAUGUGUUGGUUUCCAAAUGCCUUUUUGUUUUAAUAAGUCAAAGGAUUGCUGAUUUAUUUUCUAAUUUUUUUAACAAUAGAAAUGUUCAUCUACGACAUGCACUACUGUAAGGUUUUGGUGUUCCAUAUGUUAAUAUAAAUUUGUUGUUAAAAUGGAUCUGUAAAUCUUUGGCCUAAUUUUGUGUUCAGAUGUAGUUUUUAUGUUAUAAUGCACAGAAACCUUAGACACCAUAGGAUCACACAGGUUGGAAGUGUCCAUGCUCCAGGAGGAGAUGUCCAUCCUCUUCCUCAAACAGGGUUCCUUUGUCGGAAUGGGUUGUUCAGGGCUUUAUUCAAUCAAGUCUUGAAACCUGCCAAGGAUGGGGUCUGUGCAGCUCUGCCAGGCAGGAUGUCCCCAUGCUAAACAAGAGGAGAUACAUAUAUAAAGAGUUUCAAAGCCAUUUUGUUGAAGCUUCUGCCAUUUCUCUUAUUUUCUCACCAUGCAUGCUGUGAAGAACUUGGCUCCACUAUGUAGAUAACCUUCUGAUAUGUACUGGAAUGCCAUAUGGAGUCCUUCAUUGACUGCUCUGCUUUCUUCAAAUAAAAAUGAAGAAAAAUAACCCAGCAACAACAAACACAUU